CGAGGAGAUUCAGAACUUCAGACCAUAUGCCAUUUGUGGUAGCGACGAACGGCGCACUCUCGUGAUAUGUUAGUUCACUCUAUCCAUACACCAGCAGGGGAAUAAACUGUUCAUAUUUUUGGAUUAAAAGCCAAGAUCGCUCCGAAAGCCUCAUAAUAAAAAUGAAUAAUGAUGACUACAAACUUCACAUUGCCAAGAACUUUGAGGAGAGCCGGGAGUUUGGUCUCCCCGAAAACAGUCCGUAUAGUGAUUUUGGGACAAGCAGCCGUCGGUAAGACAGCAUUGACUGUCCGAUUCAUUACCAAGAGAUUUAUUGGCGAGUACGACCCGACCCUCGAAACAAUUUACAGACAUGACCUGUCUGUAGGUGGAGACAUGGUUCGUUUUGAAAUCCUCGAUACAGCCGGGCAGGAGGAGGAUGCUCUGCUGAUUGAGGAGAAGAUUAAGUGGGGUGAUGGCUUCGUCAUUGUGUACUCGGUGACAGACAGGUGUAGCUUCAACGAGGUCAUGCGGCUGUGUUUCCUGGUCAACCACGUUCACUCCGCAGCCAGAAAGGGCAAUGCGGAGCCUCCGCCCAUCGUCAUUGUUGCCAACAAGAAGGACCUGGAGUUUGACCGCAUGGUGACCACAGAAGAUGGGGAGAACCUAUCCAAAGGCCUGAAACUGCGGUUCCACGAGGUUUCUGCUCGGGAAGGCUGUGACGAGACAGCGGCAGUGUUCCACGCACUCUGCAGGGACAUGGUCCACCUGCUCAGCUCCUCUCCCACCUCCUUCAGGAGGCGGGCCGUCUCCAAGCUGAUGGAAAAAAUCCCCCGGAUCCAUUCCAGUACCACGCUGGGCUCCGCCACCGCUUUGGGCUCCACCUCCAUGUUGGGCCCUACUGCUGUGCUGAGCUCCAGCUCCAUGCUGGGCCCCACCUCUGUGCUAAACUCCACCUCCAUGUUGGGCCCUACCGCUGUGCUGAGCUCCAGCUCCAUGUUGGGCCCCACCUCUGUGCUGAACUCCAGCUCCAUGUUGGGCCCCACCUCUGUGCUGAACUCCAGCUCCAUGCUGGGCCCUACAUCUGUGCUGAGCUCCAGCUCUGUGCUGGGCCCCUCUGGUCACAGGUUCAGCUUCAGCUCCUUCAGAGACUUCCCACAGGAUUGAAAGCAAAGGCCAUGCAUUUGGAAUACAGGAGCACUCAAUGACAGGAAGAAACCAUUGAGUUAUAUAAGCUGCUCAUCGAACGCUUUGCUCUUCACUCUCAGGCCUGACACUGCUAAAGAAAGAAAUUUCUUUGUGUCGGGAAAAUGAACUCAUUUGCAGUGCAGUUCACUCCCACAUGAACUGUUUUCUACAGUGAGUUAAUUCAAGAACAUGUCAAAUCAAAUCACAUCUCUAUCAUCCCCCAUCGAAUAUUGCAAUGGAUAUGGUUACAACGGCAGAAAAAGGCACUGAAGGACUCACUUUUUAAAAAUGCCAUUUCAUUUUAUCGUUCUUUUGUCACAGAGAUUUUAGUGGAAUCUUUGCUGCAUCUUCCUCGAUCAUAGACUUCCGUUUCAAAUGAAGCCUUGUUGAAUCAAAUCUUAAUCAAAUCUGCAAAAAGACUCUGUUUGUAGAAUCAAAACAUGUUUCAUGGUAAGCAAAUGAAAGAAAAAUAUUUUAGAGUGAUCUAUCACUCUCUUCUCACUGCCACCCAAGAUAAUUUCAAUCUGACGGAGCAAAACUUGCAAACUGUUUGCACAGCAAGAGAUAUACAAGGGAAUUUGUUUGCAUUUAGAGGAUGUAAAGGUGCAACAUGAGCAGUCUGUGGCUCCUGAUUCUACAAGUGUUCAUUUUAAGGUGACGGUUGUAUUUAAAAAAUAAUUAUCUUGGGUUGUAAUGUACUGAUCCAUUUGAAUGACAUUUAUAUUAGUGUAUUAUGGAUCCCCUUGAAGUGACAUGCAUAAAAAAUGUUUGGACAAUCCUCUGAGCAAGAUAUUUUGAGCUGUACCAUGAGCAUGAGAUUACUUGAACAGGGUUACUCAUUUCCUGUUUGUAAGAUGCACGCAUCUUAACGUCAAAUUACAGCUUGCAUAGCUAUUGAGCAAUUUAUAAAAUUGUAUGUCUUAUUUUUUAGUCCUCAUGCCUCGGAUAUGUUAAAAUGAAUGGCAUUUCAAGUGGGUUUUUAAAAUCAAGAAAACCAUUUCACUAAAAAAGAUUAGUAAAUGUGACUUUACAUAUGAAGUGUAUCUGCAUUGCAGCAUCUGUUAGUGAUCAGUUAUUCUGGAAGACAGACUGCACUCAGUAUUAUGGCUAACAUUAGCUAUCCUAGCUUGAUUGGUUAGUACAUAAAUAAUGAUCUUAAAACCCUAGCUAGCUAAAUACAAAAAAAUGAUUCAUUUUAUUUAUAACUCAACCAAGAAUUUGUUACUGUAGUUGUAGCUCAGCUAUCUCUGUGGUAUAUUCUUAUUAGCUGGAUAUUGUGGCUAAGUUGUUGAUGGAACAAUGCUUGUCUGGUUGCCUAGGCAAAUAAGCUGAUGUAGCAUUCUCAGCUGAAAAGCUGAAAACAUGCAUUGGCUAAUAUGUUUUCCUUGUAUGCAAAACCCAAAAUAUAUACAGGCCCUUUUGUAUGUAUGCCCUUCAUAAGCAUGCUUGCAAAUUUCUAAUGCUCUUCACACAAACAUUAGUCAGCAGACGUGCUAUGCAGACUUGGGUGUGACCCUCCUCCUGUCAAGUAUGUGUGACUUUGGACAAACCCUGCGUUUGUGACCCAGUAAUAGUGGAGGGAAUUUCGGGUUAGUGCAGGAGUGUGCUUUUUGGAUGCACAGUGCUCUUUAUGUGUUUAGAUUUGAGCUGCUCGGCGUUGUUGGCCCCAGACAUAGUCCUGUGCGAUUUACGGUGGCUGUUUUGUUAAAGUUAGAUUGAGAUUUAACCACAAGGUUAUUUAGUUUUUUAAUGCGUCACUAAAACUGUGUAUUUAUUAACCUCAUCAUGGUGGCCACCACAGGCCAUAAUGACACUCUGUCUUAGAGAAAGUAAAUAUGAGUCUUCUUGUAAUGUGAUCCCAACUAAUAUGCGAGUUUAAUUUAAGUAAUUUGUGCAGUUUUGAGUGCAGUACAUAUUUCACAGACGAUUAAGUUAAUGUGGGUCUUUGAUGAUACAAAGAGAGCCUUUAAUGAGUCCCACUGGAACAAUUCAUAGUUAUUGAAACCAGAUAUCCCACCACACAGGUAGGUAUCCUUUGUAUAGAAGAGGCUUUGUGUAAAAUUGCUUUGAUGUAAGGAGCGUAACCUUCAGUAUAUCUUCUUCAGUUGUUUCAGACCAGUUCA